UGUCCCCAUCAGUGCUGAAGGGCAUAGUUAGGUAUCACAUGAGUCUUGCCAUUGAAAUCCUAUUUAAUUAAACCUAUAGAACACCUAUAUAUAAUAUACACAUUGAAUCACACUGUAACAAUGUUUCUUCCCUCCUCAACUACUAAACAAACCUACAGGCAUUGGAGAGGCCGCCUGUCAAUCACACAGCACCCUGCACGGCUCAGCAGCAGCAGCAGCAGCAGCAGCUCAGCAGCCACAAGGAGACGAGCCCGGGGAAGGAAGGCAGAGAUGGAGGAGGAGAUGCAGCCAGCAGAGGAGGGGCCCUGCAUCCCCAAAAUCUACAAGCAAAGGAGCCCCUACAGCGUCCUCAAGACCUUCUCCAACAAGAGGUCCCUGGCCAGGAGGUACGAGAGACCCACCAUGGUGGAGAUCCCACAUCUGGGGGUACCUGCAGGGCACCACUUCCAGCCCCAUCCAGCAGCCUCCAUCAGUGAUCAGCAGCAGCAGCAUCAUUACCAGCAGGCGCACAGCUCCUAUCAGGAUGGGCCCACCAGAGCAGCCACCUCCACCUCCUCCCAGUGCCAGCAGAGGGGAGGUGCCCCAACUGGGCAUCUGGGCUCCACCAACAGGUUCUGCCAGCAGUCCGCCAGUCAGGGCAACAUAGAACUCAGCUCAGAGAGCCGAAUGAUUCUUGAUGCCUUUGCCCAGCAGUGUAGCAGAGUACUCAGCCUGUUGAACUGUGGAGGAAAACUUAUGGACUCCAAGCCUUCCCAGUCUCUGGUGUCAUGUGUGAAACAGGAAAAUAGUGGUUACAGUGAGCGGUCAGAGCAAUGUCAGUAUAGUAAAGUCUUUCACAGUCACAAACCAGAUGUAGAAAUGCAGUUCAUUCAAAAAAAGCAACAGACCUCAGCAUUUUUGAGGGUCUUCACAGAUUCACUCCAAAACUACCUAUUGGCUGGCAGCUUUCCUGCUCGUAAUACCUCAUCGUCAAGUGAUUAUGGUCACUUGACAGACAUGGAUGUGCUUUCGUCUUCUCCAGUGCACACAAUGGGUGGAUGGGCAUCUCCUGCAACCUCUGAAUCACAUGGCCACCCAUCUUCUUCAACACUUCCAGAAGAGGAAGAGGACGACGAAGAAGAAGGCUACUGUCCAAGGUGUCAGGAGCUAGAACAAGAAGUCAUCUGUCUACAGCAAGAGAAUGAGGAGCUCAGAAGGAAAUUAGAAAGUAUACCAGUGCCAUGCCAGACAGUGUUAGACUAUCUGAAGACAGUUCUUCAACACCACAACCAGUUGGUUAUACCACAACCCAUAGAGCAACCUUCUGAGGGCAGCAAACAGCUGUUGAACAACUACCCUGUAUACAUAACCAGUAAACAAUGGGAUGAGGCAGUCAACUCCUCCAAGAAAGAUGGAAGGCGGCUCCUCCGAUACCUCAUAAGAUUUGUUUUCACAACAGAUGAGCUUAAAUAUUCAUGUGGCCUUGGGAAAAGGAAAAGGUCAGUGCAGACAGGAGACUCUGGUCCUGAAAGACGUCCCCUGGAUCCUGUUAAAGUUACAUGUCUCAGAGAAUUUAUUAGGAUGCAUUGCACUUCAAACCCAGACUGGUGGAUGCCAUCCGAGGAGCAGAUCAACAAGGUGUUCAGCGACGCAGUAGGACAUGCUCGCCAAGGACGCGCUGUAGGAACGUUCUUCCAUAACGGAAACUCCUAUUAUGAUGUUAUGGACCACCAGGGGUGUCAAGAGGAGAUAUUUAACAGAAUCUCCCAUGAUGGAUCUGCAGAUUGAUGAAGAAUGAGGACUAAGACGAAAUGGAAAAAGAAAAAAAUGUGAAAAAGUUAGCCACAAAAUGAAAUCUUAGUGUAAAAGUUCAAGUUAAUGUGUCUUCAAUGUUUUGUUGCUGUGCAAGGUGCCGGGGACACUUAGGGCCCUACCAGCAAUGCCAGUCUGCCACUAAACCAGUCCAAAGUAUACUACAAGUCUGUACAGUGUGUGUGAGUGUGCGUGUAAGAAUUUCGUCAUCUUGGUAAAUCUUCAGGGACUUCCUGUGGACUGUACUAUGUGACUGUUACUCACUCUUUUCUCCAAAUAGAACACAACACAGAUUAAACAAGGCUUUUGGAGACUGAAUAUCACUGGACAGGAACGUGUUGGUGUGUUCUGUAGAAUUAGCUUUAAUAGAAUUUGCAUUUUCACAAUUGGGUUAAAUUAUGCAAAAAUUCGACUUGUUCAUCCUAUGUUCAUAAAAUGUCGCCACUACUCCGACACGGAAGAUUUUGGUGCCUUUUUGUGUGUGGAUUAUUUCUGUCUCUGAUAAUAUUUAUGUGUCUUUGUGCUUAUGUUGCGUAUAUUUUAUUCCUUCGGCUGCAAAGGCAAAACAGAUGAGAGUAGUUUAUUCUUUCAGAACAAUCACAUCAUCAUCAUAAUCUCAGGUUUCUUUGUUAUACGGCUUAUCAUGCAGAGUAAUGUGCUCAGUGAAUCACAAGUCAUAUCUUUUUUGAUUACUCAAGUGUUCUUCGCAUUGUCUUUCAUUUGGUAACAGUAACGCUCCUUUUCGUCAGUCAGUGUUUUUCUUUCCACUUCUCUAUUGUGAUACAUAAAUAAGCAACAAUAUACAGGUACUCAGCAUGCAUGUCUUCUUAACCCCUUUAGGAGCCUGUGUUGUACUUUUUUUUUUAGAAUUUUUCCCCCCAUUAAUAUAGCUAUAUAAGGCGCUUUUUUUUCUGUAGGUUGAGAUGUACUGUUAAUGGUACCAUUAUGAGGUACAUGUAACGUAAUAACUGUGGUGGAAAUGGACAAAAACCAACAAUAACACAAUUGAUUUGCUGGCUUGUUUUUUUUAUGGGAUAUCUUCUUUUUAAUAGAACCAUUUUGGGAUACAUAUUAUUUAUUAACUUUUACUAUUUUUUGGGGAUGGGGGACUGGAAAUUGAAAGACAAAAGUUUGCGGCUAUAAGAAUAAAACCAAAACGUUACAUAUUUUAUUUUGGUUAUUACAAGUGCAGCAAUACCAUACUUUUUAUGCAAUUUUUUUUUUGUUUAAUAAACCUUUUUUUAAACAUUUUUCUGUGCCAACAGGUUACUGUACAGUGCAGGCUUCUGAAGACAAUGCUUUGGUACACUCAGUACAUGAGCAUUAUACAAAGCAUUAUAACGUGAGUAGUAAAACGACAAGGGGCAAUUUCUUAGGCUGUACCUGUGACAUAAAACCAUGGCAAGCCGAAGAGGCCCCUGGCUGCCAUGGCUACCCAUUACUAAAUAUUUAUUUACUGCCGCCAGAAACUUUGCGUCCCCUUACACUGCUCAAGGACAUCACCUCUUUACAAACUCCCACUGUGUGCCUUCAUAUAGCCAUAGGCCCCAUCUGUCUCUAUGCCCCCAUAUAGUUGUAAGACCCCUCUGUCUCUGUGCUCCUACAUAGUUGUAGGCCCCCUUUGUCUUUGUGCCCUCAUAUAAUUGUAGGCCCACAUAUAUAGCUGUAGUCCCUCUCUGUCUCUGUGCCCCCAUAUAGUUGUGGGCCCCCACUGUCACUGUGCCCCCAUUGUAGGUUUCAUCUGUCACUAUGCUCAGCAGCCACUAGUUAUUUAAAGUAGCUGUGACCAAACAACCAAUCUUUCGGGACACAGGCUUGUCACAGCUAUACAGUGAUCUCAAAUCCUGGCUGCAAGCAAAUUUGUUAACUGAGCCAGGGCCACCCUGGGGUACUGCCUGUAUCCCCUGAUGGUGGCCCUGAUUGCAGCAAGUAAGGGGAUAAACAACUGAGAUCAGAGACAGGGAUGUUGCCUGGUCUGACGAUUCUUGAUUCCAGCUGUGACAUUCAGAUGGCAAGGUCAGUAUUUGGCGUAAACAACAUAAAGCAUGGAUACAUUCUACACCUUUGGGAUGUGGUGGAACAGGAUUUUCACAUCAUGGACGUGAAGCUCACAGAUCUUCAGUAACUGUGUGAUGCCAUCAUGUCCAUAUGAACCAAAAUCUUUAAGAAAUGUUUCCAGCCACUCAUAGAAAGUAUGCCAUGAAGAAUGAAGACAAAAUAG